GGUCACAUGCUGCGAUCCGAAUUCCGUCUUGCCGUUAACGCGUUCAUUAGCGAGCACCCCGAGGAUGGUUGGUCAUGGGAGGAACAUCCGAUGUACUCUAAUCUUGGAUUCAUGACACGAGAGGUAUACCACACUCGCAGAUUACCAACGAUCGGGGUGGAUGAAGAGGAAAUGGCGGAGGACGAUGCAGCUGUUCCGGUGAUGAAUAUCACGGAAACACUCACAUGCAUUCAAUCUGUCGUGUAUUCGGACACAUUCCAAGUCCCCGCAUUCUACUUCACCCUCCACGAUGCAGGCGGAAGUCCUCUUCCCAUCGAAGAUCUGAUACGCACCACACUAUUUCGUCGUUUCGCAUUCGAAGGGGCCGAGCAUACAUCUUUUGGUGUAAAUCUGCCAGGAUCUGCUUUUCCGUUACUUUCCCAAGGAGAUCAUCCCACUUUGGGAACACCUUCCUGGUAUUUCCACCCGUGCGAGUCGGCUGCAUCUGUGAACGAGAUUUUGGUCGAGCUGGGUGGUGCGAUGGACGGACAGGGACAGCCGCUUCUUUGGCUGGAGAAGUGGAUGAUGGUUGUCCGAACAGUUGUGCACAUGUGAUUAUGACGUUGGGAUACCGAGCUCACCGGCACCGUAUUCCCCACGAUUCCUACUUUGAACCUCAAUUCUUACCUCCGUGCGCGCCCAACCAGAGUUGGGAUACUUGUCCCGCUCGAUAGCUGUCUGGGUUUAAUAAUCUCUAUCAUCGUACGACAUAUAGGCAUCGAAUCACAUCCGAUAACAAAUGUACCGUUACGGCCGCAAUUUUCUACUUAAGACCACACCUUCGCUGGUUCCUUCUCAUUCCACUCUUGCCCCUCGGUUCUCUCGCACCAUGGUCCACGAAGCCGUCAUCGUCGCUGCCUCGCGCACACCCACUGGCUCUCUGAACGGCACCCUCAAGUCGUUCAAGGCACCUGAACUAGGCACAGCCGCUUUGAAACACGCUCUCGCAUCGAAGAACAUCGACCCUGCCGUCGUCGAAGAGCUCUACUUCGGCAACGUCGUCCAGGCUGGCGUCGGCCAAUCCCCUGCCCGCCAGGUCGCUCUGAGCGCAGGCCUGAGCAGCGCCUCCGAUGCGACCACCAUCAACAAGGUCUGCGCCAGCGGCAUGAAGGCUGUCAUGCUCGCUGCGCAGGCCAUCCAAACCGGUGACAAGAACGUCGUUGCUGCGGGCGGUAUGGAGAGCAUGAGCAAUGCACCAUUCCUACUGCCCCGUCAGAAUCCGCUCUUCGGCAAGUUCACUACCAUCGACUCGUUGGAAACCGAUGGGCUCUGGGACGUGUAUAACAAUCAGGCGAUGGGCUGCUGUGGUGAAUCCGCCGCUGUGAAGAUCGGCAUCACUCGUGAGGCCCAAGACGCACAUGCGAUUGAAUCGUACAAGCGCUCUGAGCGUGCAUGGGCUUCAGGGGCAUUCGAUGCCGAGAUCUGCCCCAUCACCGUCAAGGGCAAGAAGGGCGACACCAUUAUCCGGGAAGACGAGGAAUACAAGCGGGUGAUCUACGACAAGGUGCCCAGCUUGCGGUCUGCUUUUAAGCAGGGUGGAAGCAUCACUGCGGCCAACUCUUCUCCUUUGAGCGAUGGCGCUUCGGCCCUCGUUCUGAUGUCGGCUGAAAAAGCCCAGGAGCUGGGGCUUACUCCUCUCGCCAAGGUUAUUUCCUUCGCUGAUGCCGGUGUCGAGCCUGUUGACUUCCCCAUCGCCCCUACGGUGGCUCUCCCCAAGGCACUCGAGCGGGCGAACCUGAAGGUGGAGGACAUCUCGCUGUUCGAGAUCAACGAGGCGUUCUCAGUCGUCGUCCGGAUCGCCGAGAAGGUGCUGACGAUUGACCCGGCCAAGAUCAACGUCAAUGGUGGUGCUGUUGCCCUCGGCCACGCCAUCGGCAGCUCUGGUGCCAGGAUCAUCGUCUCGCUGGUGCAUGCGCUCAAAUCGGGCCAGUAUGGUGCCGCCGGUGUUUGCAACGGUGUAAGGAGGAGCAGCUUCGGCCAUCAUCAUCCAAAAGCUAUGACGCCAGAAGUUGUGAUGGAGGACAGAGACUGUAGAGAUGGCUACUUCUUGUGUCGUACCAUGUCUGAACCGGAGAAAGCCUCGCUCGCCGAUGCUGUAGCCGAUAACCAGCACGCCUCCUUCGACGCGAACGACGGCGAUGAAGCCCUCCGCCUGGUCGGCGCUGUCCGGACAACCCAAUUUAGCGAAGAGUAUAAUCUCAAGCUCAGACGGAAGUUGGAUCUCUUAAUCCCCCCGCUGUGCGCGGCAGUCUACUUCACCCAAUUUCUGGACAAGACCUCGCUGAACUACGCGAGCAUCAUGGGACUGCCGAUUAAGGGACAGCAAUACAAUCUCGUCUCGGCUGCGUUUUAUUUCGCAGGGUUCCUCUUCUUUGAGUUCCCGACGGUGUACAUUGCGCAGAAGCUGCGUCUCGCGAAGUACUUGGGCAUGUGCGAGUGCUGUGUGGCCCCGAUCCUCAUUCUGAUCAUCUCCAUGUUCUACAAAAAGAACGAGCAGGCUUCCCGUAUAGCCUGGUUCUACGUCAUGAACGGACUGACGCAGAUCUUCGGCGGGUUUGUGGCUUACGGCAUCUCUUUCGAUCCGGGUCGCCGCUUGGCUCCCUACAAGAUCAUCUACAUCCUGCUGGGCGGUCUGGCCAUUCUCGUCGGCAUCGCCGUCCUAAUCUGGAUGCCUGAUUCGCCGGUGCACGCCCAUUUCUUGACAACAGAGGAGCGAAUCGCGGCGCUGGAGCGCGUUCGAGACGAUCAAGGCGGCACCGAGAACAAGAGGAUCAAACGCGAACAGGUCCGCGAGGCCGUGCUGGACGUCCGGACCUGGUUGAUUGUGUUGACCACUCUCGUCACGAGUAUCCCCAAUGGCGCAUUGAGCAACUUCAGCAAUAUCAUCAUCAAGAGUUUCGGCUACAGCUCGCGGCAGACUCUCAUUUUGUCCACGCCGGGAGGAGUCGUAUCUGCAGUGACCACCCUGCUCUAUUCGACACAGGGAGAGCGGAUGCUGCCCAUUAUCUUCGCCUUGGUCCCAACUAUCGUGGGCAGCGGAAUGCUAAUUGGCCUCAGUCACGCCAAUAACAAGGGGGCUGAGCUUUUCGCGGUUUAUCUCGUCAACACAUUCGGCAGCGCACUGGCGCAAAUCUACGCCUAUAAUGCAAGCAACACAAGCGGCCACACGAAAAAGAACACGGUCAACGCGAUGACACUCGUCUCUUUCGCCGUCGGCAACAUCAUCGGCACACAGAUCUUCGCGCCGGGCGACGCGCCGGCAUACAUCCCCGGCAAGACCGCGAUCAUGGUGCUGCUGACGGUGCAGCUCUUCAUCUCGCUGCUCCUCCGCUGGGUCAAUCUGCGCCUGAACGCCAAGAAGCGCGCGCAACUCGCGGAGCUCACGGAGAAGAACGGUUGGACGGACGACUUUAUCACGAAGGAACGCCAACGGAACGCGUUUGCGGACAUGACCGACAAGCAGAACGUCUUCUUCGUUUACACCGGAUGA